AUCGCAGCGCGACAGCAGGAAGUAAGCUCCUGGGCUGCUGUUCCGCGCGCGGUCCCGAGCUCCUGAGAGUGACAGCACCGCGAUCUCCUCUCCCUUCUCGCGGCGAUGGAUAAUGCCUGCGAGUCGCCCACUGAUAAAAGUGGAGAGACAGGGGAGUCCGAUGAGACGGCUGCUGCUCCCGGGGGUCCCGAGGCUACCGACACCGACGGAAUCCCGGAGGAAACUGACGGGGACGGAGAUGGGGACUUGAAAGAAGCUGCGGCUGAGGAAGGCGAGGUAGGAAGAGAUGUGCUGAUGAGGCUGGAGUACUCCGAGAUUGUGUUACUGGCUACUCGACCAGCUCCCUGGUUGAUCCCUCCCAAACUGCUCAAGAGUCAGGACAUCUCAGAUUUAACAGCAGUUGAAAGGGAAGACUCAUCAUUACUUACUCCUGCAGCCAAAAAACUAAAAAUAGAUACUAAAGAAAAGAAAGAAAAGAAGCAGAAAGUGGAUGAAGAUGAAAUUCAAAAGAUGCAAAUCCUGGUUUCUUCUUUUUCUGAGGAGCAGCUGAACCGUUAUGAAAUGUAUCGCCGGUCAGCUUUCCCCAAGGCAGCCAUUAAAAGGCUGAUCCAGUCCAUCACUGGCACCUCUGUGUCUCAGAAUGUUGUUAUUGCUAUGUCUGGUAUUUCCAAGGUUUUCGUCGGGGAAGUAGUAGAAGAAGCACUGGAUGUGUGUGAGAAGUGGGGAGAAAUGCCACCACUACAACCCAAACAUAUGAGGGAGGCUGUUCGGAGGUUAAAGUCGAAGGGGCAAAUACCUAACUCGAAGCACAAAAAAAUCAUCUUCUUCUAGACCAAAGCCUAGAAAGCCCCGGUACUGAAGGAAGUACUGAAGGACAGACUUCAGAUUGCAUGAGACUUUCUGUACUGGUGCUUUAGAAUCUGUCCUCCAAGGAUUCCAUGAUGAUUUUAAUGUCUUCUCAAAACUCUGAUAGUCAUCACACCUAGAAGGCAUGUAGCCUGUUUUAUACUUGCCUUGAUUAAAUAUUUGGACCUCUUAGGGCAUCUUGAGGCAUUUAAUUGUUUCUUGGCCUGCUGGAAGAAGAAAGGUACAUACGCCUUAAGCAUCUUCUGGACAGGGGAGCUGCUUACAGACAAAACCUUUCCAAGGGAACCUUGACGGUUUCAUAUUGAAGCCUGAAGUUGCUAUGACUUAGGUUGUUUCAUACAUCUGGGUUUAAGUAGAUGAAAUGACCAGAAACUUGACUUGUGAAACUCUAACAUGAAGGUGUGGUGAUAGCAAUAGCAGUGGAAUAGUUUGUCCCUGUAAACAUUUAAGAUUCUCCUAUGGAUGUUGGUGGAUGAUCAUUAAACUGUUUUCUAACUUG